AAAUGUUACGUCAGGUAUUUGUGGCUAUGUUCCAAAGUUUUGAACAGCUACUUCGCCGGGUUAGCAUUAGCUUAAAGCUAACGGAAGUAACCGAGCAGCGACGGCGCGAGCUCCGAGGGCGGCUCGGGCUCACCUCAGACAAGCCCCGACCCGCCUCCGCGUGCCGCCCGAGGCGAGUCGUCAUCCCUCCCCGCGUUGCUGUGCGCCCUCCCGCCGGCAGGCGUCCACCCGGAAGUCCCGGUUCCACUCAGUCGGGUCCAGUUUGCCCUCCACAACUGAGAAGCGAACCGAGCCGACGCGUCUUUCUUCCCCCGCCCUCGAGCACCGGCAAGUGAGCGGCUUCCCGAGGCAAGGUAAAUCAUGAGCAGCAACUACAGCGUGGUACUGGCUGGGUCGGCGCCGUGGGGCUUCAGGCUCCAAGGAGGGAAGGACUUCGGUCUUCCUCUCACUAUUUCGCGGCUGACUGACGGAGGCAAAGCCGCCAGAGCCAAGAUAAGCGUGGGAGACGUCAUCCUGUCCAUAAACGGCAUCUCCGCUGACAGCAUGAACCACCUCGAAGCCCAGAACAAGAUUAAAGCCUGCGCCGGGAAUCUCAGUCUAAACCUACAGAGAGCCUCGGGUGCUGCCCAAGGAGGGUCUAAGGUUGAACCUCAAGAAAUCAUUAAGCCCGUCCCAAUCACCCACACGGCUCCGAGCACCACAUACACGAAGCCAUCAAGUCAGGCGGCUCCCGCAUACAACAAAACAGCCCGACCGUUCGGGGGCGACAGAGGCUCGCCGUCGCUUUCCUCUGCCCCGGCCGCCCCCAAGGUGGCCUUCAUCCCCUCCGAAUCGUCAGCUUUCACCCCGGCUCAACCUCUCUCUCAACCACAGCACCCUCCCUUCCCGAUCAAGUCCGCCCUCACCACGUCAGAAUCGUUUCCGUCUCCCCAAACUAGUCCCGCUCGCUCCGCCAUAAGCUCCCCGUCGUCCUCCUCCUCCAACUCGUCCUCUCCCGCCAGAGUGACGGCCCCUCCCUCCCACCCCACUGUGCCUCAGCCCUCCGUCUAUAACUCCCCCAUCAAUCUCUACUCCAACAACAACGCCUGCGAGGUGGCCAUGGGGCAAAGGCGAGGCCUCCUGGAGAGCCAGGGGCUGUCGGAGCAUUUCAACGGGAAAGCGUCAGACUCGAACCACGCGUCCGCCCUGAGUGAAGCCAGCAAGAAGCGGCUGAUUGAAGACACGGAGGACUGGCACCCCAGGACAGGAAUGUCCCAGUCCCGCUCCUUCCGGAUCCUGGCCCAGCUCACCGGCACCGAGAACGAGGAAGCUGCGGAUAACAACGGAAAGAACGAUGCCGUGGAUAAAACCGUGGGCAGUGCGCACAGCUCGGCCACGGCGAAAACAUACUCCAAAGUUCCGCCUCCGAGGAACGGAAACGUCGCGGCUGCUCCACCCGCUUUUAAGAGCCCCGCGGCCCAGAGCAAGGCUUCCUACCAGCCGGAGGCGCCGUCAGGUUUCCCCAAAAGCGGCGCAGCGCCUUCUUUUGGCAAGGUCAGCAACCCGCCUCCCAAAGGCCCAGACCGGCCCAUCCCGCAGCCGCAUCCCCAGGACCUCAACUCGGUGGUGCAGAGAGCCGAGCACAUCCCUGCCGGGACCCGCACGCCCAUGUGCAACAAGUGCAAUAACGUGAUCAGGGGGCCCUUCCUCGUGGCCAUGGGCAUGUCCUGGCACCCUGAGGAAUUCAACUGCGCCCACUGCCACUCCUCCCUGGCGGACCGCGGCUUCGUGGAGGAGAAGGGCCAGGUGUACUGCGAGCACUGCUACGAGCAGUUCUUCGCUCCCACCUGCGCCCUCUGCCAGCAGAAAAUCCUGGGGGAGAUCAUGAACGCCUUGAAGCAGACCUGGCACGUUUCCUGUUUUGUCUGCUCGGCCUGUCAGCAGCCAAUCCGGGGCAACAUGUUCCACAUGGAGGACGGGCAGCCAUACUGUGAAAUGGACUACUACAAACUGUUUGGCACGAACUGCCACGGCUGCGACUUCCCUAUCGAGGCGGGCGACAAGUUCUUGGAGGCUUUAGGAUUCACCUGGCACGACACCUGCUUCGUCUGCGCGGUGUGCACCGCCAACCUGGAAGGUCAACCCUUCUUCUCCAAGAAGGACAAGCCUUUGUGCAAGAAACAUGCCCACACUGUCAACAUCUGACUCCCCACACACACAUUCCGCCACAGCCCCUUUCACAUUUUCCAACAAUCUCCAUAUUCAUAUGACAGUCAACUGCUGCAUAUUUAAAGUUAGCUAACAUGUACGCGUAUACCGGUUGAAUCGUAGUGGGUCUAUUGUUUUUUUUUUUGUUGUUUUUGUUUUUGCUGCUUUUCAAUUUCGCGCGGUUUAAUAUUUGCGUUUUAGGAGUCGGCCAGCCCUUUUCAUAUGGUUCUUUGUUUUGACGUUCACGUUGGGCUGGGGGGGCAUGUCGGGGUCCCACGCAACAGGGUGUCCAGCCUCUCAGGGGUCAGAAUGACGGGAUUUCUCUUCGAUUAUGAACAAUACAAGAUACAUAAUAACUGUACGCACAACUGGUAUUAGACUAAACAUCUAAGCAUCGUUUAUUUCAGAUAAAAUCCCUGAUUAUGUAUUUUUUUUUUUGUAGUAUUUUAUAAUAUAUUUUUCCAUUUUAAAUGUUAUUUAAUCAAGUAAUGGAUUGUAUUGCCCGUUUCUUUAUUGGAAUUGAUAACUAUCCCAUAUUUUCAUAUGGUUUUGUUCUAAAUAUUCACCAUUUUUUCCAGGAAUCAUUUGUUGUAUUAACAUAAGACAAUUAUAAUAUAUUCACCCCGAAGCUGCCAUGUUUCAUGUGCGGAAU